AUGCAGCUUUUUCAUCGAUACAAGAUCGAAUUUCAUUUAGAACAAAACCAAAGUAGUUGCUCGAUAUCUAAUCUAUUUCAACAUCCAACAAUUAUUCAUCAUGCUCAACGCAUUCAACAAUCUAUUAAUACCAUUCAUCCUCUGGAUGAUUUUGCUUGGUCUUCAUUAUAUCUCACUCAAGGUAAACAAAACACUAGAGCAUCAUUUGCACAAGAACGUAUUUUCUUAGAUGAACAAAUUCGAUUUUCAUCCAACAAAACAACGAUGAAUAAUAUGUAUGUUAUUCCAUUACUCUAUCGUAUAUCAUCUAUGAAUGAUCAUAUAUCAACUACUCGAUUAUAUCAUGCACUUCAAAGUGUUAUCACAAAACAUCAUAUUCUACGAACAGCACUUUAUGUUGAUUCGAAUGGUCAUAUUGUACAACAUUGUGUAGACGCAAACAUCAUUCUCAACGAUGAUAUGAAAUUCAAUGGAUUGACAAUCUUUAAUCUUCAUAAUGAUGAUAGUCAUCAUAUCAAUGCAGUUAUUGGAGAAAUAUUGAAUCAAGCUGAUUUAUUUGAUUUAUCAAAGGGACAUGUCAUUAAUUAUCAUAUUCUUCGUCAUAACCAAUCAAAUCAUUCAUUUUCUAAUAAUGAUGAUCAAUUAACUGAAGAUGAUCUAAUACUAUUUACCAUUCAUCAUGCAAUGUUUGAUGGUGCAUCAACAUCAAUCUUUCUUCAUGAUCUUUUUCUUGCUUAUCAAUCUAAUGAGUUGUUCUCUAUAGAUGAUAAUUCAUUACAAUAUAUUGACUAUUCUAUUCAUGAGCACAUAAUGGAUAUGACAUUAUCCCAAGAAUUUUGGUUAUUGGAACUCAAAGGAUGCACUCUUGCACGACAAUUAUCAUUACCUGUUGACCGACAACGUUCACCAACUAAUCAGCAACGAUCAGGCGUGGCAUCCAUAGCUGAAAUCA